CUCCUUUACAGCUCAGCCUCAGUGCUGGGGAGGCCUGAGUGACACUUCAGAUAUUCCCCCUCCCCCACACAUCUGUAUCACGUGACAGCACAGGCGGGGCCCCACAUGAGAGCAGAGAGAACGAGUGACAGGAGAGGGGGAGAGAAUAUUGGGGUUCAGUACAGGAGACUUUACUCGAGGCGAGUGUUUCCUACGAGCAGCCUCCUGUCUCCUUUCCUGUCCGCCACCACCACGUGUUCUCCCGUCGGGCGCGCCUCAUUGACGUCACUAGUGUCCCUCAAUCCCCGCGUCAUCAGCGCGCGCCUCAAUCCCAGGGUCAGAAUGGCGGCUCCGGCCGGGAGAUCUCUGCGCCAGGUUCUUCUUCUGCGCAUGAUCGCUGUCACUCCAGCCCGACCCAAAAGUGGAGGUAAGGGAUCCCCACAGCACAGAGCAAGCAAGACCUUGGUUUCUUUUCCAGUUAAAUUCUCUGCAGCUUCCCAGGACUCGGUGACAGGUGAGGGCAGAAGUGAUGUUCUCUCCAAACUUACCCAACCUGCAGCAUCCAUUGCUCUUAAGGAACUAGGAGCCCAGGGGGCAGCAGAACAUUUCCCUAGUAUGAGUUUAGGACCAGAGGGUGUGCUCCAUCCUGGAGAAGAAGGGUCACAAGAAAAAGCAAAGAGUGUGGGCAAAGGUCCUGAGCAGGAUGAGGAUUCAUCAUCCAGUUCUAGUUCUGAUUCUAGUUCUGACUCUAGUUCUGACUCUGAAGAUGAAGGAGACAUAGGUGCCAAGGCAGGGGUGAAGGCUGCAAGUGAAGCACCAGGUGUCAAAGAGAAUGCAUUUUUCUCUGUUCAUCCUGAGCCCAAAACAUCUGAUCCUAGAGUGGAUCUCCUAACCCAUGAUGGGAGUACUCCAGUCACAGUACAUCCAGAAGUCCAUCCAGGAGAGGGCAUCACUGGGAAACAAACUGAGCAACUGAUUGACCAGGCGCCAGUCAUAGACACCAAAGAAAAGGCACAAGACAAAGAGCCUCCACACAAGACUGAGGCUUCAGCAUUCACAGGGGCACCCGGUCCUGAAGAUGCUGAGACUGAGCAGUCUUUACCAGAAGCUGGGCCUGUGCUACAUCAGGAAUGUCAGCCAGAAGAGGAAAGAAUAAGAGAUAACAGCGAGCAGCUGAUGGACCAGGCGCCACUCAUAAACAUCAAAGGAUUGGAACAAGACAAAGCUCCAGAGACGCUCAGUGCUCCAGUUGAACAUGUUCCAUUAACAGAGGCUCCAGGUCCUGAAGGAGUUGAGAUGGAGAGGUCUGGAGAAGACAAGGAACCUGCAGGGGAAGCCUCCUCAGCCACUCAGAGCCCAGUUCCUCCAGCAGAAGUGUGUGAGGCAAAUCCUGUGGGUACAGAAGAAGAAAUCGCACCAAAAUUAUCUGCACCUUCUCCUCCUCCACCACCUGCUGCUUCGGUCCCUCCAGUUGUGGAAGAGGCUCCGUUUGACAACUCAAAGUACCAGAACCUGCAGCAUUACUCCUACACGCCGUAUACCUUUGUGGAUUCUGACUUGGAGCUCUCGAAGUCCCGCUUACCUCAGCCUUCAUCAGGAAGACCUUCCCCACGUCACUGAGCCUGUGGCAAGCUACUAAAUGUGUGCUACAAUGUGUAAUAAAUCCUGUAUAUACCAUUA